CAAGCUCAAGGGUCACCAUGAAUUUAGAAGGCAUCGUGAAUUAGUAUAUAUAGAGGCAUCAUUUCACGAACAAUGAAAUAAUAUCCAGACACUAAUCUACCAAGCAAUCAUAGCAAGGAUCUACAACUUACAAACAUUCUUCCCAACAACUCUCAAUCAUGCGUCUUUCAACCACGUUCCUGGCACUCCAGUCCAUCGGACUCAUCAGCGCCAGAGCAAUAACUCAUCCCAACCUCCGUGUUGAAACCUUCAUCAACCAUGGUUCUUCUUUCGACAUGGUCUCCUCGUUGAUCAUCGGCUCUCAAGCCGCUGUCUUGAUUGACUUGCCCAUGGCGAUUGAAGGAGCAGAAGCUCUGGCUGAUUGGGUUCGCAACACAACCGACAAGCCACUUGUCGCUGCAUUCACUACUCACUUCCACCCUGAUCACUAUCUCAGCGGCGGCGCAUUGUUGUCGCGAUUUCCCGAGGCGAAGUACUAUGCAAAUUCUAAGGCGGCGGCCGAGAUUAAGAAGGAGGCAGCUCACAAGGUCAAGCUGAUGAAGGGAGUUCUCGGUGAAAACUCUAUCGUCAACAAGGUUCACCUACCAACCCCGUACGACUUCUCAUUCUUCACCCUCCCCGGGGACGAAGCGACGCCAAUUCACUUCUUGAACCCACUCACCGGCGACACCGUCGACGAAACACUCUUCUGGAUCCCUUCAAUCAAGACCUUGAUCGCUGGAGAUAGCGUUUACGGACACGACAUGCAUCUCUGGCUCGCCGACUCUCUGACCAAAGCCCUCACCGAAUCCUGGCUGUCAACCCUCGAUCUGAUUGAUUACCUCAAGCCCAAUGUCGUUAUUCCAGGCCACAGUUUGUCGAACAAGAAGUUUGGUUGCUCAAUCGAUGUUGAUCAUACACGCACUUAUCUUCGCUACUGGCAGAAGGAGAUUGAAGCCAAGGGACUUGAUCACUUCACACCUCAGGUCAUCUUCAACAAGUUCAACAAACAGUUUCCCGGUCUGCUCAACUUGAACUCCACAACUUCAGCGUUUCUGCUGAACAGCACGGCGGAGCAGUUUGGACGUGGGGGAACUCGCCAGGUUCACUAUAUCAAUCUUGCUGCUUACACCGAUGUUGAGGCUCUUGAUGGGUGGACUAUUUAAAUGCUGAGUUUGUGGUUGAGGCAAGGGGCGGGUGACACUGGGGAGCUGGUGCUUUGGCGGUUUAUGUAUGUGUAUCGGGUAGCUACCUAGUGGAUGUAUCAUAGUGUAUUCGGUGAUCGGGAUGGAGUUAAUUUUAAAUGGAGUGGUUUUUAGAGUACAGAGUUGUA